AUCAGUCUGGUCAUAUGACCAGCGGCUGUUGAGGAAGAUGGUUCUCUGUCCGCUUGCAGCCGCUGCGGUGCUUCUGCUAUUCUCCACCGGGGUUGUGGGGUUUCCUGUUGGCCAGGAACCCCACAAUAGCCCAGGCUGUGGGUACAAGUCAUGUCCAGCAACACAGCCCGCCAUGCUGAAUGUCCACUUGGUCCCCCACACACACGAUGACGUUGGUUGGCUCAAGACUGUGGACCAGUACUUCUACGGAGAGCGUAACUACAUCCAGCACGCGGGCGUGCAGUACAUCCUGGACUCGGUGGUGGAGCAGCUGCAGCAGGACCCCGCCCGCCGCUUCAUCUACGUGGAGACGGCCUUCUUCUUCCGCUGGUGGAGGCAGCAGAGCGCCCGGAUGCAGCAGGUCGUCACGCAGCUGGUCAACGAAGGCCGUCUGGAGUUCGUCAACGGCGGCUGGUGCAUGAGCGACGAGGCCACCACGCACUACAGCGCCGUCAUCGACCAGAUGACCCUGGGCCUGCGCUUCCUCAACGACACCUUCGGCCCCUGCGGCCGCCCCCGGGUCGCCUGGCACAUCGAUCCGUUCGGCCACGCCCGCGAACACGCCUCCAUGUUCGCUCAGAUGGGCUACGAUGGCUUGUUCUUCGGGAGGCUGGACUACCGGGACAAGGCGAGGAGAAUGAAGGAGAAGGACAUGGAGAUGGUGUGGAGGGCCAGCGACAGCCUCGCACCCCCUACCGCCGACCUUUUCACUGGUGUCCUGCCCAAUGGCUACAACCCUCCCGAAGGGUUCUGCUGGGACCAGUCCUGCUCAGACGCGCCCAUCCAGGACGACCCCAGCCUGGAGGACUACAACGUGGAUGCCAUCGUCCAGAAAUUCCUGAAGGCGGCCAAUGACCAGGCUGCUCUGUACAGAACCAACCACAUCAUCAUGACCAUGGGAUCCGACUUCCAGUACGAGAAUGCCAACCUGUGGUACAAGAACUUGGACAAGCUCAUCCGCUACGUCAAUGCCCUGCAAUCCCAGGGCAGCAAGGUGAACCUGCUGUACUCCACUCCAUCCUGCUACCUCCAGGAGCUGCACCGGGCCAACCUCACAUGGUCCGUGAAGACGGACGAUUUCUUCCCCUACGCUGACGAUGCGCAUGACUUCUGGACGGGCUACUUCACCAGCCGGCCAGCGCUGAAGGCCUAUGAGAGGGUCAGCAACAGCCUUCUGCAGGUCUGUAACCAGCUGGAAGUCCUCGGAGGGCCAAGCUCCAGGAGAGGUCCCCAUGGCGACGGAGACAGUGAAACGCUUAGGAGGGCUGUGGGUGUGGCACAGCACCACGACGCUGUGUCCGGGACUGCGAAACAGCACGUAGCCGAUGAUUACUCAAAGAGGCUGGCCGUAGGCUCCGCACACUGCCAGGUACUGGUCAGUAACUCUCUGUCGAAGCUCAGCGGUUCUUCCGUCCCUCGGACUUACUGUGAGAAGCUGAACAUCAGCGUGUGCCCCCUCACGGAGAGCAGUCACGAGUUCUCAGUGACCGUGUACAACCCGCUGUCGCGCCCCGUCGACUGGCCGGUGCGGCUGCCCGUCAACGGCACGCACUACACCGUGACCCGCCCCGGCGGAAGUUUAGUGGACAGCGAGGUAGUGCCGGUGUCGCAGGCCACGAAGGACAUCCGGAGAGACGGCGGGUAUGCCGCCAAUGAGCUGGUCUUCCAGGCGACGGCGCCCCCUAUGGGCUUCAGCACCUACUCCGUCUCCCUGGUCCAAAACCGGCCUCCUCCGGCCCCGCCUCUGCCUGGCGCCCCUCCCGUCUUAGAGAAUCAGUAUCUCAGGGUGACCUUUGACCCCGACACGGGCCUGCUGAGCAGCCUCACCAACCUGGAGACGAAGCAGACGGUGCAGCUCAAGCAGAACUUCUACUGGUACAACGCCAGCGUGGGAAAUAGAGAAAGCAUCCAGCCCUCCGGAGCCUACAUCUUCAGGCCCAACUCUUCGACACCAGUGCCCGUCAGCCUGACCGCCAAGACCCAGGCGCUGAAGAACUCGGUGGUGCAGGAGGUGUAUCAGCAGUUUGGACCCUGGGUGUCUCAGGUGGUGCGGCUGUAUGAGCACAGCCAGGAGCUGGAGCUGGAGUGGACUGUGGGGCCUGUCCCUGUACGAGAUGGCUUUGGGAAGGAGGUAAUCACUCGUCUGGAUACCAACAUUAACUCCUCUGGCCUCUUCUACACAGACUCCAACGGCAGGGAGGUCCUGGAGAGACGGAGGGAUUUCCGCCCCACAUGGGUCCUGAAGCAGACGGAGCCCAUCGCUGGAAACUACUACCCAAUCAACUCGCGCAUCUACAUCAAGGACCAGGAGCAGCAGCUGACUGUGGUGACUGACCGCUCUCAGGGUGGGAGCAGCAUCCAGGAUGGGUCUCUGGAGAUCAUGCUGCACAGGAGACUGCUGGUGGACGAUUUUCGGGGGGUGGGGGAGGCCCUGUCUGAGCCGGGGGAGUACGGCGAGGGGCUGGUGGUGCGAGGGCGCCUCCUGCUGGCUCUCACGCCUCCCAGCACUGCGGCAGAAACACACCGCCGUCUGGCGGAGUCCCUGGUGCUGCAGCCGCUGCUCUCUGUGCAGUCCGGACCCCUGCGCCCCAACACCCGGCUGGAGUUCUCUGGGCUCCAGAGCGCGCUGCCCCCUGCUGUUCACCUGCUGACGGUGUCUGAGUGGGGCGAGGACUCGGUCCUGCUGAGGCUGGAGCACCAGUUCCAGGCGCAGGAGAGCGCCAAGCUUUCGCAGCCGGUCACCGUCGACCUGCAGAAACUCUUCUCCACCCUGACAGUUGUGGGCGUGUCCGAAAUGAGCCUGGCAGCCAAUCAGUGGAAAGAUGAGAUGACCCGCAUGGACUGGAAGGGCCGCACAGAUGAGAAACCCCUGCAGAAAGAGCAAGGAGACCCCUCUACAUGGGAGGUGACGCUGAAGCCCAUGGAGAUCCGCACCUUCCUGCUUCGCAUCAAGAGAUAGCCAAUCACGUACCAGCAAACGCACCACAUCCUAUUACUGAUCAGUAACACACAUCAGCCAAUCUCUGCGUUCUCAUUUCUUCAUCCAAUCACAGGAUCAGCGAGCAGUAUUUCAAGAUCAUUUCCCAGAUAAUUUCCAAUCCACACUUGUCUUAUUUUGAAGAUAAUAUCAUUUACAGAUAAAUUUAGCGCCUUUUGAAGAAGCCUAUUCAGGUAGUUCUGACCCAAAACAGCAUUUAAGUACUUCUAGAAUCAUCUCAAGCUUUUCCACCCAGGGACACCACUGAGCUACAAAUUAAGCUAGAACCAGAAACCAAAAACAAGCCAUUUUUAUGCACUUUUAUUAUCCAUCUACCUUGUAUUUAAUUCCACCGCUGUCCAUUCCAUGAUUCCUUGUGUCUCUCAGAAAGAGCAGCGGUCUCCCCCUCUGAUACUUAGACAGGAGGAGACGUUUGGCUUUUUAAUAACCACAGGCCAGAGCGGUCUGACGCCAGUGGCAGCAACGGAACCUCCGUCUGUGUUUACGUUGCCGAGAUACUGUUCCCUGGAGCUGUCCCAGGGUAUUCUGAUGCACUGCUGCUUUCCGGGGGGUGGGGGGUCUCUAGCGUUUUCAUGUUUUGGCUUUUAAAGAUCCAGCGCACACAAAGAUCCUGGCACAUGCACUCUGGAGAGUACUUCCUGUCGCAUGCUACGAUUAACUUCACGCUCUGGCAUUGCAGUCUGCCUGCUGGGCGUUCCGUAUGCACGUAGUCCUCUUUACUCAGCGAUUCAUCAACAGUACAGUACGCCUGAAUUUUCUAAAACGUGAUUUUUUUUAAGAAGAAAAAAUUAUUUGUAAAUAAUGUUUCUCGUCGAUAGCGAUGAGCAGCUGAAAUAAAGGGCAGGUUCUGCAGA